AUAGCUGGGUCCUUCUGCCCUGCCUCCCUAAGCCUGCCUUCUGAGCGCCAGCAGAGCUCAGAGUCGGAGCCCAAGCCCCACUCUGAUGCCUCCAAGAAGGGACACGCGCUCCCACCCGGCCAUCAGCGGGAGAGGAGCCCCAGCCUCAGCAGACCCCCCAAGUCCAGUCCCUAUGUCCUCUUCUUCCAUCACCUUCUGGGACUUCACCGAGACAGAAGUUGUCCCAGCCAGUGAGCCGGAAGUUAUCGCAGCCAGCAAGCUGGAGGAGUCCGGGCCCACAGCGGCUGCCACCCAGAAGAAGAAGCGGGGCUGCCGGGGACUCUGCAGGUCAGUUGGCAGGUUCCUCCUGCAGGCCUUCUGUGUCCUGCCGGGACAGAAUGGGCGUAGCCCUGGGCUGCACUGCUGAAAAGUGGCCCCACAGGAGAUCCCCCCGAGAGAAGUGAUGGAGGAAGUGCCUGGACCUCAGAGGCCACUGUCUGGGACAAGCAGCGGGGCCAGCGGCGCCUGAAGGGGAUGCAUCAACUGCCUCGGGCCAGCACCUGCCGGUCUUGCUUUUGUCUCUGUGCCGAGGCUGCUCGGCCCCAGACAGCAGGGCCAGUGCUGACGCACACACGGAAGGGAGGUGCAGGGCAGCAGCCAUUCCUCGGCAAUGACCUCCUCAUCGCAGACCAGUGAUGCUUAGGAAGGUUCUGGAACCACAGGCUCAUCUCCCAGAGCCUCCUGGGAUGCCCAGGGAGCACCUGCCUCGCACACCUCUUGAGCCUGCGUCCUAGAUCAGGAUCUGCCCUGGGGCCUCCACAAUCAGGUCUCCUCUAACCCACGGAGCUCUGAGAGAGCAGCUGGGGCCGGGCCAUGUCCCCAGCUGGGCCCCUCGCUCCCACGGCUGCACCUUCCUGUCCUUCCUCCCUCGUGGGCAGAGACGACAGAGUUCCCACUCAGAUUGGGGGAGGCGAGGCCACACGAGGGCAGGGACAGGGUGUCCUGGCAGAGGAGGCCUGGAGGGAGGCGUCUGUGGCCAGCACGUGAGCUCAAGGCCAGGGCCAGCCCGGAAGGCUCCUGGGUGUUCCAGAGCUGGGGAACGGAGGCAGAGGUGCCGGCUCCUGCAGCAAUGUCCUGGCGGCCUGGGAGUUGGGCUCUGCCCUGGGCCCUGCUACCCCUUCUCCUCGGCUUCUGGUUCCUGGGCCUCCACACUUGGUGCUCUGGAGCCCAACAGGACAAAGGGAGAGUCCAGGACAAUGACUUCCCUCCCACGGUGGAGUUUGCCUUGUACACUUUCCACCUGCAGAGCAAGGACGAGCAGGCCUACAGGCUGGAGCGCAUCCUGGGAUCCUGGAGGGAGAAGAGUGCUUUCCCUGACAUCGUGUUCUCCAUGGAACUGUUGCUGCGCCGAACCACGUGUGGCAAACUGGAGGAAGACACGGAGAACUGCCCCUUUGAAGACCGCCCCGAGCAGAGCCGUAUGCAGAGCCCACAACCUCCAGUCCGAGUUCCUGAGCAAGGAGGAGGCAAAGUCAAAGUCUAGGUCCUGUAUUUCCAGCUCUACAGUGUCCACGUGAAGCCUUUCACAAGGUAACAAGGGAGCUGCUGAGACACUGGGGUCAUGGGUGAGGGCUGGGGAUGGGAGUCCUGUUGGGGAUGAGGCAGAAUCAGUCAAGGGCGAGGGUGUGGCUGGAGGCAGGGCCAGUCCCCAGAGAAGAGCACUAGUGGCCAAGCCUUUACUUCCUGCCUUGCGCUUGGGCCAGUGUGGCCUCAAAGGCAGGACAGAGAUUGAACAGCUUCUGUACCGCUACCUGUAACAGCCCUACUCACAUCCUGUGGACUCCAAGAUUCAGUGGUUCUGUAGCAAGAUUCCUGUACCAAACAAGACAGCAAGCGCUCUCAGCAGGAAGAAGGCUUUUAUUAUGCCGGCUUAAGGCCCAGUAGAAUUUCUUAUCCUAAAUCCUGAGCCUCUAAUUAAGAAGGAAUUUCCCUUAUAUAUGGUUAGCUUCUCUGUCUCCCUUAAAUGGUGACCUGCACACAUCUGAUUGGAUAUUCUAAUGUGCCAUGGCAGCCACAAGACUAACACUGACUGAAGGUAAUUAUAAGGUUUUUUUGUUUUUGUUUUUUUUUUU